GUGUUUAGGCUACACGGACAGAACCGACAGUCGCGAAAACCAAGUCCGUGUUGGACUUGGACAAUGUGAAUACUAAACACACUGACAACCGUCUGGCUGAACACGUGGAUUUGUUGGAUUUGGACGCCGUCGGUGUUAUUUGUUGUUGAAGACAUUAUUUGUUUGCGUGUCCGACACACCAACGGACUACGUUGAACUGAUGUGUUGUGAUGCGAAUCUUACCAGUCAAACACACAUUCACUAAUGGGUCAAAGUAGGUAGUUAAUUAGUAAGUUGGCCUUUUCUACCAUCAGCUAAACUGAAAUCUCACCAGCAUUUGGCCAGUUGGCUGGCUGGUGUUAGUUGGAUCCUGGUUGUGUAAAUCCGAUUUCGAACGAAGGAAGGAAGGAAGCAAGAAAGGGAUGUCUGAGGAGGAAGAAAGAGAGAAGGAGAUCAUCCACGGCCCUGAACACUGGUUUUCCAAAUGGGAGCGUCAGUGCCUAUCCGAAUUAACCGAAGAAGACCAUGUCGAGGACAGCAGGGGAGAGGAGAGAGGAGGAGACGGGGAAGAGGAGGAGGACGCCGAAAGAAGGCUGUGGCAUCUCUUCCAGAAUUCGGCCACUGCAGUAGCUCAGCUGUACAAAGAGCGUGUGUGUCCUCAUCAUCAGAGUGUCGCAUUGUGGGUACCUUUCCAGAACGCUGCUACUGCUGUCACUGACCUCUACAAAGAGAGUAUGUCUGCGUACGAGUCUGGUGUCCAGUCUGGUCUUCAGAGGCGGAGACAGGAAGUGUUGUCGUGGGUGACCAAACGGAGGCGCAUGAUUCGCAGAGAAGAGCUGAUCAGCUUCCUUUGUGGCAAGAAAGGCCCGCCCCCGCACUCCAGGGUUGCCAUGGUGAUGCCCAAUCACACGCAGCCGUCAGUUGCAAGCCCCUCCCCUCCGGAUACGGACCUCACGCCGUUCACACAGGCCAUCGCACUGCACGGUGCGUCUCCUCAUCUGUCCUCCUCAGUGGCGGCCCCAUGUGUUCGCAGGAGGAACUGCACCCUGCAGCAGGAAACUAUCGACCUCAGCAGCAGCUUCACCACGCACCAGAACAUGACAUCACACACACAGGACGUGACAUCACACGCCACAGAGCACAGAGACCACAGAGAACACGCCCACCAGCCAAUCGGCAGCCUGCCUUCCUCUCAGCAGCCAAUCAACAACCUGCAUUCUUCUAACCGACCAAUAAACAGCCUGCAUUCCUCUCAUCAGCCAAUGGCUACCCACGUGGAGCACAUAGAGCUCGCCUCCCUUCGCAAACGCCCCUCCGAACCCCAAGCCACCGCAGACUCUCUCACACACAAACGCCAUCGUUACACCUGAGAUAGAGUGCCAAUAGCCAGUCACAGGCCCCCGAUGGACUCACACACUGUGAUUAGCUAGUCGCACCGUGAUAUCAUCUGGAGGCACUGGGAUUGGCUCAAGGCAAUAGAUUUAAAACACUACGUGCAUAGAGGUAGAACACUAGAGUGGACCCCGCCCCCCUUUUGCCAGCAAUCAGUGGCAGCCAUUUUUGGAGGUAGACCGUGUUCUCCAUUGACUUGCACUGAAGGUGUCUACACUACCCACACAAGAUGGGAGGGUGCAUGUGCCGUUUCUCAGUGCUGAUGCGAAUGACAGAGUCCACUCUAGUGUUAUAUUCUACCUCUAUGACUACAUGCCUCGUUGAACACUCCUAUAUUUUGGAACGAAUGGCUCAAGUCAGGUGGCCGCCAUGUUGAGGUGGUAUAACCAGACAUCUUCUAGUAGAGUAAGAUUUCCCAAAUCCCGUCUACGGAAUGCAAAGCGUGCUCAAGUUUGGUCUCCUAAGGGGGCGUUGUCCCUCCUUCUUCUUCUCUUUCUGUGGCAUUUGGUGGUGGCUUGCAUAAGAUGUGCGCUACCACCAUUUACAGAACAAAGGGAACUCCAUUUAUUUUCAAUCUAAAGUCUCCAAAGGUCUAAGGGCUCUGUGAUGUCAUUGGGUAGGGACAUUGGAAUUGACUAGGGGCCCUGUGAUGUCAGCAGAUGAGGACACUGGGAUUGGCUAGGGACCCUCUGAUAUCAGAGACGUGGAAAAGCUUUACUGGCCCAGUGUGUACUGUGUAUGUAAUGCCUCAGGUACAGAUGCUUUUGUGUGUGUGUGUGUGUGUGUGUGUGUGCGUGUGUGUGUGUGUGUGUGCGCGCGCGCGCGUGCGUUGCUCAAUUCUUUGCAGAUUUGUCCAUUUUUAUUAAUGUAUGUUAUAAGCCAUUUAGAUGUUCAUUUGUAUUAUUUCAAUGUUGUAUUCUCUCUCUCUCUCUCUCUCUCUCUCUCUCUCUCUCUCUCUCUCUCUCUCUCUCUCUCUCUCUCUCUCUCUCUCUCAAAAGCUCUCCUUGUCUGCCUCUUCUCCUCUCUCUGUGUUGAUGUUAUUAAUUUAGUCAUUGUUAUUGUUGUCAUGGUGUUUCCAUGUGAGACUGUGUUUGUGUAAAACAGAGAGCACUGUUGUCAUGGAGAUGAGAGGUGAGUUGCCAUGGUAAUGUUGUAUAGAGUUGUGACGUAUCACUCAUGUAAUAAAAGAAAUCUACUUUA